CUUAGGUUUUUUUAUAUAAGUAUUUUUUGACAACAAUAUAUAAGCUUACUGUAAAAUAAAUAUAAUUUCAGAACAAAAAAAUAGAUUUUUAACAAAGAAAAAAUAUGCUUUAUYCAAGGUCGAGGAAAGGAGGUCAAAGAUACUGAACGCAGAUAUGAUUUAUGGUCCCUAACGAUAAAGAAUAAACCAUCUAAAUGUUGAUUUUGCGACUAAAAAAUUUUCAAAAAGUACGACUGGUUUACGAAGGCGAAUACGAUAAACGAGUUACUGAGUAAAUUUUGACACUUAAAAGGAUUGAUGAGCAGAAUGGAAAGACAAGGGAAAACAUACUUUAGCUUAGUUAAAAGCCCAACAGCUUAGUAKUAAAACGUCCUUGUUUGGGUUUAUAAAAUGAAGGGAAAGAAGAGAAAAGAUUUUUCUAACUACGCGAUAACUUUUCUUGCAGGGAAAAAAAUGGCGAGAAAACGAAAGGCCAGUAGCUCAAAUUAUUUAUCUUUUCAGAGUUUUAGAUCGUUGAUAUGAUAAAAAAAAGUAUUGAACUUGAUAAGUUAAUGAGUAAUUAUUAUGCUUACGUUAAAUUAAAGAUGUAUAAACUUUUAAAUCUUUAUUUUGACCGCUUUUUGUUUCAAGAUUCCCGCCUUUAAAAUUACAAUUUUAUUGUGACAUUUUGGAAGAAGCGUCGCGCCAAGAUUUGGUUGCUAUGUGACGUCACACUGUCAUACAUGACUGUUUCAGAAUUUUAUUAAGAAAACCAUUUGAGUCAUCUCCUCCCUCCUGCUUAUAAAAGCUUAACAAUAACUAGGCCAGCUUAAGCUUCAUAUGCUUUUUACUUACUUCUCUGUCGAUCAAGUUAUACUCAGGACUGAAUAAUGGUGCAUUGCUUGACCGUAGCAGGAAGAUUCUUCUUCGUUGCAUGCUUCAUUACACAGACGACCAUGUUUGCCCAGUACCCGAGUGUCUACUUGCACAGCCACUGGUACAAUGUGCUAAUACUCCUUGCAGUACCUACUUUGGUGGUCUGGUGGCUCCUACUACGAAAAAAUAACAAGCAGCUCCAACAGCUGUGGAUGGUAUGGGGUUGUUAUAUACUGACCAUGAUUAUCCCAAUGGUUGGGUUGAUAUAUGGUGGAUUAAGGAAAAAACUGGAUGGCAAUCACUUCUUUGGGCCAAAUGUUCUUAUGAUGACUACUUGUGGCUCACCUGCCAUAGCCCUUCUUCUUCUGUCAUCCGCGAAUGAUACGGCACAAGAUAAUGUUGCACUGUUUGCAGAGAUAUGCUGCAAUACCAUCUUGGAUUUAUUUGAUGAUAUAGAGCUUCUAGACAUGUUGCUAUCCCAGAAUGAGUCGACAUUUCACCUACCAUCGUCGUUAGAAGUCAGCAUCCUGGUGUGCGUUUGUAUCAGCCUGCUGCUGUCUACUCUGGAAAUGGCCGAGAAGAAACACGAUAGGGAUUGUGGUUGCAAGUAUCGGAAAAGAAUUUAUUUUCUGCGACUCCUGCUGCAGAUGUUCCUGGUAAACAUUGCUCUACUGAUUAUACGUUUGGUUGUGUGGCUCAAAUACAAGCACAAUGCGUCGAUUUUUAUAGCCAAAAAUCUGAUCGUUAUUGUGAUGUCCAUUAUAAACAUGACGAGGCUCGGUUCUGAUGAAGACUGAAAAGCCGACAGGAUUUAAAACUGGGAAACAGAAAAACAAAAAUAAAUGGUUUGUUUGACUAGUCA